AUGCUUCGUCAGGCUACCUCACUCUGGCACAACCUUCGAUCGUCAAAGACUGGGAAAUCGACGGUAUCGACGCGAGAUACAACCACUCAAGACGGCUCUAGCAAGUCCACUCGGAACUCGAAUGACACCAAGCUCUCAAAGACGAACGCCGACCUAGCCACGCCAAAUACUAGAAAGGACGGGGACGAACACGAACACUUCCGGCGCUCGAUCGACGCAGUCGUCCAACUCGAAUACAACGAACCAGCGGACCUCCUACCACUUCAGGAGACCGAACACGCAAGAAGUGGAGGCCACUGGACGCGGUUCGUAUGUGUAAGCGACACGCACGACCACACCUUCCCUGUUCCCAAUGGCGACGUGCUUCUCCACAGCGGCGACCUAACUUCACUGGGGAGAUGCGACGAGCUGGAGAAGACGAUGGAAUGGCUGUAUGGGUUACCGCAUCCUGUCAAAAUUAUCGUCGCUGGGAACCACGAUCUCGUCCUCCACGCUCAGUGGUAUGAUAUGUACUGGACGACUCGACAUCGUCGAAGAGAGAGCACCGACAAAGCGCUUAAGCUCCUGACUGGAAAGCGAGCAAAGAAGGCUGGGAUAAUCUAUCUGGAGGACAGGAGCCGCACGUUCUCCCUUGGGCCCGGCCGUCGAAAUUGGACCGUCUACGGCUCUCCAUGGUCUCCGACCCCGCAUAGCAGAGCGUUCAGCUACAGUUCUGAAGGAGCAGAAGAAUUCAUCUCCUCAAUCCCGAACACCGACAUCCUUCUCACCCACGGUCCACCAGCAGGCGUAUUCGACUACACAGCUGGUGGGGACUUGGCCGGCUGCCCCGUCCUCACCUCACACCUCUCCUCAGGCCGCCUCCGCCCACGCCUCCACGUCUUCGGUCACAUCCACGAGGCCCACGGCGCCUGCAUCCACUCUUGGGAGAACGUCGAUGGCCCCUCUAAACCGCCGACAUACCAAAACGUCAACCAUUCGGGUGAGAAGGAGGGGAACGGAGGCAAGCGAUGCGGAGGAGGAGAAGGAGGAGAUGAGGAAGAAGAAUAUGCAGGAGGGGUUACAGAGGACUGUGUUCGUUAA